CGUCAGACGCCCGCCAGUCCCGCGUGUCCCUCGUUGCUGUGGUGACUGCUCAGCGGGCGCCGCGGAACUUGAGCCCGGGAGCUCCGAACCUCAGCAGCCACCGUGGUUCCACAGAUCUCUUAGAAGAAUGAAGUCCUCUCUGAUGCCUCUGGGUCCUCCUGUGAGCCGAGACCGUGUUAUCACCAACUUUCCUAAGUGGUACACACCUGAUGCCUGCCUGCAGCUCAAGGAGCACUUCCAUGGGCAGGUCAGCACCGCCUGCCAGUGCAGGAACACAGGAACUGUCGGGCUUAAACUCUCCAAGGUGGUUGUUGUUGGCGAUCUCUACGUGGGGAAGACUAGCCUCAUCCACAGGUUCUGCAAGAAUGUUUUUGACCGUGACUACAAGGCCACUAUUGGAGUAGACUUUGAAAUUGAGCGUUUUGAGAUUGCUGGGAUUCCCUACAGCCUGCAGAUCUGGGACACAGCUGGGCAGGAGAAAUUCAAGUGCAUUGCAUCUGCCUACUACCGCGGUGCCCAGGUGAUCAUCACAGCAUUUGACCUCACUGAUGUGCAGACUCUGGAACAUACCAGGCAGUGGCUAGCUGAUGCCUUGAGGGAAAAUGAGGCGGGUUCCUGCUUUAUCUUCCUUGUGGGAACCAAGAAGGACCUUUUGUCAGGGGCAGCAUGUGAGCAGGCUGAAGCGGAAGCUGUCCACCUGGCCAAUGAGAUGCAAGCUGAGUACUGGUCAGUGUCAGCCAAGACAGGAGAGAACGUGAAGGCAUUCUUCAGCCGUGUUGCUGCCCUGGCAUUUGAGCAGUCAGUUCUGCAGGACCUGGAGAAGAGGCACAGCACCCGGCCUCAGGUCGGCGACGGAGACCUCAUUCGAAUGGAGGGAAGUAUAUUAGAGACCCAGGACAGCAAGAAGUCCCCCACCCUGAGCUGCUGUUAGCUGGGCCCAGUGUCAGAGGCAUCCACUUUCUGCAUGGGCAGUGGCUUCUGUGACUUUUGGAGGGGUGACAUGGAGUCUAAAUUCUGCGGUGUGUCUGUCCUCAAACUGUGGUGGGUCUGUCAGGUGGCCUGAGCUCAUCCACUUCUCUUUAACAGGCUGGGAGCCAUUGGCUGCUGAGUGUUCUGCACUGCCUGACUACUGGGGCACUUCAGUGAUCUGAGAGACCAGUCCUACCUGCAGGAACAGCAGACAGUCACCGGUGUCUCUCAAGGCCUCGGUUCUGCACUAAGAAUACCACAGUGCUGACCCCACGUCCAUCACCCAUGGCCCACAUUGGUAGUCAAUCAUGGUGCUGUGUCCUGGAGAUCUAGAUAGGGCCUCAGAACUGGUUCCCUUGCAAUGUUCCAGGAACCAGGACUUUGUCUGAACUGAAAGGAACCCACUGCUGUCCCACUUGGGAGUUUUCUAUGAUCAAUAUAAUUUGAAGUUCUG